UCCUUCAGAACUACCUUAUAUUUCUUUAACAUUUUCUCACUCAGAAAAAAAGAAAAAAAAAAAACACCAUUCCUCGAGUCUUAAAUUUCUCACAAAUCUGAUACCAAUAUAUAAAUUCUCAGCUCAAAAUCUAAAUCCGCGAGACAAACACAGAGGAGAAGAGAAGAUAAAGAAAAUGGCGACGAUGGCGAGAGCAAGCUCUGGCCUCGCGUACCCGGAGCGAUUCUACGCGGCGGCUUCCUACGCUGGCUUCGACGGAUCUCCCAGUUCCAACAACAAAGACAUCAGCUCCAGGUUCUCCAACGACGUCGCUUUGAUCCUCUACGCAUUGUACCAGCAGGCUACUGUAGGUCCUUGUAAUGUUCCGAAACCGAGUUCGUGGAGUCCUGUGGAACAAAGCAAAUGGAAAAGCUGGCAGCAGCUUGGAAACAUGGUUUCUACAGAGGCUAUGCGUCUCUUUGUGAAAAUAUUGGAGGAAGAAGAACCAGGAUGGUAUUCAAGGGCAUCUAACUCUGUUUCGGAGCCUGUUAUAGAUGUACAAAUGAAUCAUAAUUCAAAAGUUGAGCCUAUCACCGAGAAUGGGAAUUCUUUUGCUGAGACAAAGACCAUUUCUGCUGAAAAUGGAAGCCUGAUGGAAACUCAGGACAAAGAUGUUGUAUCAGAAGGCCUUGGUUCUGUUGUUGUAUAUGAUCAAUGGAUUGCACCUCCAAUAACUGGUCAGCCUCCUAAAGCCCGAUAUGAGCAUGGAGCAGCAGUUGUUCAGGAUAAGAUGUAUAUAUUUGGUGGAAACCACAAUGGUCGUUACCUAAGUGACCUUCAUGUUCUAGAUUUGAGAAGUUGGACUUGGUCAAAGAUUGAUGCUAAGGUUGGACCUGAGUCAGUGGAAUCGCCAUCUCCAGUGAACAUAGCCCCAUGCGCUGGUCAUUCAUUGAUACCUUGGGAGAACAAGCUUCUUUCAAUUGCUGGCCAUACAAAGGAUCCUUCUGAAACUAUCCACGUGAAGGCAUUUGAUAUGCAAACUGGUACAUGGUCAAUGUUAAAGACUUAUGGCAAAGCACCGGUCUCUCGCGGAGGUCAAUCUGUGACCCUUGUUGGAACAACCUUAGUGAUAUUUGGUGGACAGGAUGCAAAGCGAACACUCUUGAAUGAUCUAUAUAUACUUGAUCUCGAAACUAUGACCUGGGAUGAAAUUGAUGCUGUGGGGGUACCUCCAUCACCAAGAUCUGAUCAUGCUGCGGCGGUACAUGCAGAGCGUUACCUUCUUAUUUUUGGUGGGGGCUCACAUGCUACUUGCUUCAAUGAUUUGCAUGUCCUUGAUUUGCAAGCUAUGGAAUGGUCAAGACCCACACAACAAGGUGAGAUACCAACUCCUAGAGCUGGUCAUGCAGGUGUGACAGUUGGGGAGAACUGGUUUAUUGCUGGCGGUGGAGACAAUAAAAGCGGGGCAUCAGAAACUGUCGUCCUUAAUAUGUCCACCCUCGUAUGGUCAGUUGUGACAUCAGUUCAAGGACGUGUUCCUCUUGCUAGUGAGGGCUUGAGUCUGGUUGUGGGCUCCUUCAAUGGUGAAGAUAUACUUAUAUCUUUUGGAGGAUAUAAUGGGCGUUACAACAGUGAGGUUAAUGUUCUUAAGCCAAGUCACAAGUCAACCUUGCAAUCAAAGAUAAUGGAGGCUCCUGUUCCUGAUAGUGUUUCUGCAGUGCAUAAUGCCACAAAUCCUACCAGAGAUUUGGAGUCUGAGUUUGAAGUUGGUCAAGAAGGAAAAAUACGAGAAAUUGUUAUGGAUAAUGUUGACUCGGAGCCCAUGAAAUCCAAAGGUGAGGAGACCAGUGAGCGUGUUAUAGCAACACUCAAGGCGGAGAAGGAAGAGCUGGAAUCAUCACUCAACAAGGAGAAGUUGCAGUCUCUCCAGCUAAAGCAAGAACUAGCAGAAGCUGAGGCUCGAAACACAGACUUGUACAAGGAGCUCCAAUCUGUACGUGGUCAACUAGCUGCCGAGCAGUCAAGAUGUUUCAAAUUGGAGGUUGAUGUUGCAGAGCUGCGGCAGAAGCUUCAGACGAUGGAAACACUACAAAAGGAACUCGAACUUCUGCAGCGACAAAAAGCUGCAUCUGAACAAGCCGCCUUAAAUGCAAAGAGGCAGGGCUCAGGUGGCGUAUGGGGUUGGCUUUCAGGAAGCCCUCCACAAAACGCUGCUGACGAUGCCUGAUGCCUGAAAAUUCAAUCGAAAGCCCUAAUUAAAUAGUGAUCGCUAGAUUUAUUCUCAUUGAUAAAAUUUUUGGGUCAAAAUAUUUUUUUUUUAUUUACUUAACCAAGGUUCUUUCUUCGAUGGGAAAUAAGAUAUCUAGUUUAGGCUUGAAUGGGAGACCCCUCCCGGCGUUUUUGCAUGAAUACAUAUGUCUCGUAGAUUAUAGUUUCAGUUUAUUAUACAGUUUACAUAUGGCUGUUGGUGCAAUACAUUUUUCUGUUUACCAAAAUUCUUAUCAGAAUUUGUAUUCAAAGAGUAUGGUACUUGAGUGAAAAAGCAUAUAGGGUUCUAUUGUUUGCCAGCAAAUUUUGUGAGGAUAUGGUUUGAUGUGAUAUUAAUUCGAGAGAAUUUGAUCAUGUUUGGUAUUAUGUACUACUACUAGGGAAUAUCAACGGGGAGUUUGACAUUUUCAAUA